AUGGCGAAGAAGAGAAAGGCGCCCGCGCCCGCGCGCAGCGGCCCCAAGGAGGUCGACCCCGCCGACGCCCGCCUAGGUCCCAUCAACAGCUACGAAGAUGUCGCCGAUUCCGAGGACGAGUACUUCCUCAACCGCGACAAGAUCAUGUUCGACGAGGGCCCGCAAUCCAAACGGAGGAAGAGGGCUGAAGAGGAGGACAAGUUCUUGGAGCACUCGGACGAGGAAGUCCUAGACCUCGACGAUGGCGACUCCGAGGAGGAGGACACGAGGAAGGCCAGCCGCAAGUCCAAGAAGGGCAAGGCGGCGCCCGAAUCCGACGAGGAGGCAGAGGAGGAAGGUGACGAGAACGACCCGAGCUGGUGGGGAGCUUCAAAGAAGGAGUACUACAGUGCGGACCAGAUCGAGACCGAAGCCGAUGCCCUCGAGGAGGAGGCCGAGGCCAAGCGCCUGCAGCAGAAGAAGCUGGCCAAGAUGUCCGAGGAGGACUUCUUGUUCGACGAGGAAGAAUGGUUGGACUCCAAACCCGACGAGGCGGAGGACCAGGAGGUUGUCACCGAGGUGCUCAAGGACAUCGAGAUCACAGAUGAUAUGGGCCCCGAGGAGCGCAGGAAAAUGCUGCAGAGCAGAUACCCGGAAUUCGAGCACCUGGUCAAUGAGUUCCAAGAGCUGCAACCGCAGCUUGACAUUCUUCAGAAGGAAGCCGAUGGGAAGUCCAGUCAAUCGCUGGAGGCGGUCAAGUACUGGAUCCUCGGAUGCUACGUCGCCGCUCUCGCCAGUUAUUUUGCCAUUCUCACAUCGCCAUCGCGCGACGAUUCAGCAACACAAAAGACCCUCGACCCCGCGGAACUUCGCGACCAUGAGGUCAUGGAGACUCUUCUUGAGUGCCGUGAAGCAUGGCAGCAAGUCAAGACCGUGACCCCGGUUCAACAAGUGGACUCAAUGGAUAUCUCUGAAGAGGAAUCCGUCGCCGAAGACGCCGAAGACGAGGCCGCCUUCGCUGCCGCAAGGGAAGAAGCCCGCAGACUCAAGAAGCUCGCAAAGGCCGACAAGGCCAAGAAGAAGGAAGCCCAGGCCGUGGAGGACUCCCUUGCCGACCUCGACGACCUCAUCAAGCAGUCCAAGAAGAGCAAGAAGGCGAAGAAGGCCACCAAGGCUGCCGACGGAGACGACAACUCGGACUUUGGCGAGGAGGAGGUCCUCGACGCCCGUACCGCCGCCGACAAGGCCGCCCGCAAGAAGUCCUUGCGCUUCUACACUUCCCAGAUCGUGCAGAAGGCCAACAAGCGCGCAGACGCAGGUCGCGACGCCGGUGGAGACCACGACAUCCCCUACCGCGAGCGUCUCAGGGACCGCCAGGCCCGUCUCAACGCCGAGGCCGAGCGUCGCGGUCAGAAGGGUUCCAAGUACGGCGCGGACCUCGGCGACGACGGCAGCGACGAGGAGGACUCCAGGACGGCGGCCGCAUUGCGCGACGACGGAGACGACGAGUACUACGACAUGGUCGCGGCCAAGUCUCAGAAGAAGAAGGACGAGAAGAAGGCGUACCACGACGCCCUCGCGGCGGCCACCAAGUCAGACCGCGUGGUGCCCCAAGAGGUUAUCGGAGAGGACGGCAAGCGCAAGAUUACGUACGCCAUCGAGAAGAACAAGGGUCUUACGCCGAAGCGCAAGAAGGAGAACCGCAACCCGCGUGUGAAGAAGAGGAUGAUGUACGAGGCGAAGCAGAAGAAGUUGAGGAGUAUGAAGCCCGUAUGGAAGGGAGGAGAGCCCAAGGGCGGAUACGGGGGAGAAUUGUCGGGUAUUACCACCGGCAUUGUCAGAGCGAGAAAAUUGUAG